UUUAUACGUCAACACCCACUGUUGUGUACUUCUGCUUUCCAAACCAGGAAGAUGGAUUUGCUGUCGAACAAAUGGGUCGUUAAUGUGCUAAUUUGUUGUUUUUUCAUCGGUGUCGGCUGUAACUCAGUGGAAAAGAAGAUUUAUAUUCAUCUCAAUUACACCACUCCGUGUGUGCGACUGCUCAAUGCGACGCAUCAAAUAGGCUGCCAGUCCCAUUUGUCAGGUAAUGUGGGCGUGCUCCAUGUGCUGGAGUCCGAGGAAAACUUGGACUGGGUCCUGCAGACUGGUCGCAAUCCUCCUUAUCUGGUUAUCCUGGAGUCCCCUCUCUUUACCAGAUCCAUCAUGAUGAAGUUAAAGAACGGCUCCAGCAGGGUGGCGGGCGUCGCUGUUGUGGCGGCAAACACGAACCCGCUUGAGGGCUUCUCACCGCACACCAAAUGUCCCAAUGAGAACACAGGCGUGUACACGGAGAAAUACGAUCCCUCCAUGGCCCAUUGUAACGUGACGGUGUGGAACUCUUUGGGGAGCGGUUUGUCCUAUGAGGAGUUCGACUUCCCCAUCUUCUCUCUGAAAGAGGACAAUGACACUCAGGUCAUACGGCAGUGCUACAUGGACCAUAACCGCGCUGUGAACGGCAGCACUCCUCAGUACCCGCUGUGUGCCAUGCAGCUCUACUCACACAUGUCCGCCGUCACCGACACGGCCACCUGCAUGAGGAGGAACGACAUCAACUUCAGCAUCAGCCCAGAGAUGGUUUGCGACCCAUUGGGGGACUUUAAUGUUUGGGCCUCCACCAAGCCUAUCAACAACACAGCCAAGGGCCACAAGGAGGGGGAGAGCUUUGUCAUAGCAUCAGCCAGGUUGGACAGCAGGUCUUUCUUCUUUGAAGUUGCUCCGGGAGCAGAGAGUGGAGUCUCUGGGUUCGUCGCUCUGCUGGCGGCGGCUCACGCUCUGCGAAAUGCCACCCGGGAGGCCCCGCCUCCACGCAACAUCCUCUACACCUUCUUUCAAGGGGAAACCUUCGACUACAUUGGCAGUUCCAGGAUGGUGUAUGAUAUGGAGAACAAAAACUUUGCUGUGGACCUGGACAACAUUCACUCAGUACUGGAGAUUGGACAGGUUGGACUGCGUGCCAACUCCAAACUGUGGCUUCACUCCGACCCCGUCUCUAGGAAGAACAGCAGCGUCAAUGAAGAGGUGAAGAAGCUCAUCCAAAGCUUUCAGUCGGCCGCCACAAGUGUAAACGUCUCGGCGGAGGAGCCCGGUUUCUCUCAGCCACUCCCACCGUCGUCCUUCCAGCGUUUCCUGCGAGCUCGGCCGAUCCCGGGUGUUGUUAUCGAGGAUCACCAGUCUGCCUUCACCAACAGGUUCUACGAGAGUAUGUACGACAACCCCGAAUUCCUGAACAUAUCUUACCCAUCAAACCUGACGGCAGAGGAGCAGCUUGAGUUUGUCACUGAAACUGCCAAGGCUCUGGCUGAGGUGGCCACCAUAGUCGCCCGGACUCUGUACGUACAGGCAGGAGGAGCAGAAAGCCAGCAGAACAACAUUAAUGCAGACCCUCAAAUAGUGACCCGGUUGCUGUACGGUUUCCUUAUUCGGUCAAAUAACUCCUGGUUCCAGCAGCUAAUCCCCUCUGACCUCAUGAGCCACCUGGCUGACAGGCCCAUAAACUUCUACGUCGGCGUGGCCCAGCAGCCCAGCGAACCGACCCUGCUGGUCCAGUACCUGCUGGCUAACCUGACUGGUACCACCGUUAACGUCACCCAGGAAAACUGCCAGAACCAGAGAGAGAACGAGCAGGACAAAGACAACAAACAUAUGUACACCUACCUGUGGGUUCAGGGCGUGGCGCCUCCCAACAGCACGGAGAGGGAGGGUUUCUGCAUGCGCUCCACAGCUCGUCUCUCCAAAGCAGUGUCCCCGGCCUUCGACCUGCGGGAGUACACCUCCACAGAUUAUUCAACGUGGACAGAGUCCCGGUGGAAGUCCAUCAAAGGACGCAUAUUCCUGGUGGCGAGUCACGAACUGGAGAUGUUGACGCUCGGCGUGGGCGUCGGCGUGCUGCUCGCAUCCCUGAUGCUGACGUACAUCAUGAGCUCAAAGGCCGACAUACUCUUCAGCUCGGGGAGGGAGCCCGCUAACGCCAGCUACUGAUCCAGACUGAGGCGACGCCGGCCCACGACCACCACCACCACUACUAUUACUAUUACUACUACUACUACAACUACUACUUCUAUCCCAGACAUGGACAGACAAACCAUAACUAGGUACACAGGUUAGACACAGCAGCAGCAGCAGCAGAGUUACAACACAUUUUUUUUUUUAAGAAGACGACGACAACUCCAUGUUUAUGGACUCACUGGGGUGAGGCGUGACAUGAGGACUGGACCGGACUGGAUUGGCCUGGAUGGAUCUGGACUCAUCAGGGUCAGAAAACACUGGUCGGACCCUGUCAGUGGAAAAGGAUGUUUAUAUUUCUUUUGUUUGUUUUCUCUUUUUAUUGUCAAAGAAUGUUUCGUUUACUGUGUCACUGGAUAGGCACUAAACAUUGAGCAUUAUUUUGGACGUGUUUAUGAUUGUGAAUAUGUAAAUGAGACUGAGUGUGUGUGUGAUCAAUUGACUGUGUGAUUCAGUGUGUACGGACAAUUAUGAGUGUGUGUGUUUGUGACUGAGGAUUGCGAUGGUAUGUGCUAUACUUCAGCUGUCUUCUCUGUCAAUGUAGUUAACUUAUCAAUCAGUUCUUUAAGAAGAAACCACUUUUUUGAGUAAACAAGUAGUUAAAUUUAAGCUUUUUGCAAAAUCUGGACGUGUGUGGUGAAGUAUUUUGAUAAGUUUUAGGUUCUGGGAUGUUGACAACAAUCCUGAAUAUUUAUAUUGUUCACUCCCAGUACACGUAUAACUACACGUGUAUGUAGUUGCAGACCCACUGCAGUUUCACAUAUUGUGAUAUUUGUGUGGAGAAGAAUAUUUUUUCCGAGCAGCCCAGGCGUCGCUGACAAACAACUUUAUUUCAUAUCGGUCAGCUGCCUAAAAAAAACCCAUCAAAUCCAGUCCGAAAAAUCUUGUGUUUCGACACUUAAAACGCGCUGGUACUCUGGCUGUGCACUCUUUUUGGUUCAAAACCUUUUCCAGAAGGUUUCUUUUAAUGGUAACUUUAGUUAAAAAGUACAGCUUAAUUGUGUCAACACUCAAAAAAAGGUUUUGAAUUCUGUUGUAAUUUUAAAGGCUGGAAUCAAUGACCAAUUGUGAUGCCUUGAUGAAGAAAUAAACAUUGCUUCUUUUCAA